AAAAUACAAACUCGUAGAAGAGCCCGUUCAAUGAAUUUCGGCCAAUUUAGGAUGAGAGAUUCGCUCGCUCUCCCUCUGUCUCUGACUCACCGCAUCAGAAGGGGGGGCGGGACCGUUGAGAGCAGCAGAAACCACCGUGAAAACAGAAGCGAAGCGAGGGAGAGACAGAGAGAGGGGAGCGGGCGAGGGAGGGAGGCGGUGUGCCGCCGUGUGCGCACGAAUAAAAACUGCGCAAUUUCAAAUCGGGAGCCCUUCUCUCCGCUAAACUACCUAUUUGCAACCGGGAUGCAGUUAUACCAAACGUGAGCGAUAUAACUAUUAAAAAAGUAAAUACAAAAAAAACAAUAAAAAAAAAUAAGAAACGUCUCUCUAUUUUUUUUUUUUUUUUGGUGAGACAAUGUUGUUGUUGUUGUUGCACGUUUGCUUGAAGUUCAGUUGACUGCGGAGGUGGAUUGCGCUCAAAAGAAGAAAGAAACAAAUAAUUUUGAAGAAAAUGGUUCGAUUCGCUGGCUGCGGAUCGGUUUACAUAACUGGGUUGCAAUUUCAGAUUGCGUGGCUGAAUGACUGUCAGUCAGAAUACAACUGGAGUCCGCAUUGUUAUUUUAAAGCUGCUCAGAAAAUAUAUACAUGUAUUCAUUUGGACAUGAAUACAGCCUGUGGCGUAACAACAUAUGGUCUCGAACAGACAAUGGAGCUCCCCGGAGCAGUCAGUCGGAGGGGAGAGGAGGCUUGUAUCCGGGUGGAUUUGCUUCAGAGCACGAUGGAGGAUUCGCGAAACUCAGUGGGCGUGUCACUGCAGAACAGGGUGCCGGUUGGAGGGGGCAGGUCUUGGACCUCUCUGCAAAGGAUCCUGGGUAGAUCUCCCACAGUUCAAUUGAAAAGAUUUCCCAAGAGCAGUCGAGGCAUCACUCCCCACAAAGACAGACAGGCAGAGAGGAAGGAAGGAGUCAAGUGUGCUGGCAUUAUAUUACCAGCGCGUGUGUGUUUUAGUGUGGGGAUUGUCCUGGCUGUGCUCCUGGAGGAUCAGUCCUGCUUCCAGGGCCGGAUUCUGGGCAGCCUGCCUGGAAACAGCACUGCAACAAAGGCAGCUCUCUGCUACCGGGAGUGACCCAGGGAGUGGACUCCGGCUGGCCGGGAUGGUAAUACUGUGAAUUGGACUCCUCCCGUCUCUCUGACUGACAGUACCCCGUGGCUGGUCAGUGUUUGGUGCUAGUUGUAUCCGAGCCCGCAAGCGGGACUGCAAACGCGGAGCUGUGAUCAGAGAAAGCUGGGCUUGUAAUUUGCCGAGACACGUUGCCGUCGUAACAACACGAUUUUAAGGUAAGGCUCUCGGUAUUUAUUUGUGUGUUUUGUGUUAAUCUAAUUGGACCGGCUCAUUGAUGUGUUUUAAUAGGAAGAAGCUAGACAAAAAACAACGUGGGUAUUUUUUUUUAACGCUUUCUCGUCCAGAAAUGACUUAACUGUGUUGUUUUUUCUUUGUGGU